UCUCGGUGCACGCGCGCUGGAAGUUUGAGCGUCUCGAGCGCUCCACGGAAUUAACAGCAGCAGCACGAGCGCGUUAAGCUGCGCGGGGCCGCGAGCGGAUUGUCCACCAUAUCACCGGGAGCAUGAACAUGGCACUGAACAGGUCGCCCUCUGCCACGGAAAAUUGGAACGGGGCCCCUGAGCGCAUGCGUGUUUCCGCUGUGAAGAGUGAGUCCUCUUCAAUACAGAGCGAGAAACUACGCUGUCUUGCCCGAGAUAUCUCUGAACUGGGCCAGCAGGGUAUGGCCGGUGGCGGGCAUGAUGCCAACGACAUUGCUGAGGAUACGGAGGAGCCGGGUCCUGGUCCAGGAGGAGGGCUGUGUUUUGCAGACGGCCGCAGAAGAGUGGACUACGUUCUUGUUUAUCACUGCAAGAGACGUCAGUCCCAACACCGCCACUCUGUUGUCUCUAACGGCAACGUGCCAUCUCAAAGCCCCACCCCUUCACGCAGGAGUACGAAGGGCGAUAUUUUGGAGGCAGUCCUGGAGGCGGGGCUUGCAAUGGAACCCGCCAACAAACUGCAGGAUAAAAUAAGGGAGGAAUUUGAAAGAGGACUUCAGGAGGAAGGCUUGGAGAUUGAACAUGACAAAGAGAUGAGAACGGUCCGGUUUACCCGUCUCCAUGUUCCCUGGUCCGUUCUCAGUCGUGAGGCAGAACUUCUUAAGAUCAGAGUGCCGACUAAAAAGACAUAUCAGCUGAAAGAGAAGACGGGGCUCAUGGGUGUAAUAAGCUCGUUUUGGGCGAAGAUCAAUCAGCCAUUCCAGCCAGGCGUACCAGAGCCCCAAGACCCACGCAUACGGGUGCUAUCCCAACCGUUCAGCAGAGACAAGCUACACCUAUUUGAUAUAAAGUCGAAAAACAGCUUGUUCAGCAAUGCAAUCCGAGGUCGAAUUGUUUAUGAAAUUCUGAGGCGCACCGCCUGCACACAGACCUGUCAAACUAUGGGUAUUUCAUCACUGCUAGCUAAAGGGGUUUAUGAUUCUGCCUUCCCUCUGCAUGAUGGAGACUUUGACAGCUCAGAAGAUAAAGAGAAUCGCAACGACAGACAGAUGCUGCAUGAGGAAUGGGCCAAUUAUGGUGCUUGCUGCAAAUAUCAGCCAAUGGACCUUAUAAGGAAGUACUUUGGAGAGAAGAUUGGCCUGUAUUUUGCCUGGCUGGGAGUGUACACACAGCUGCUGAUUCCAGCCUCGGCUUUAGGAGUCGCGGUAUUCCUGUACGGCUGCUUCACCGUAGACACCAAUGUGCCCAGUCAAGAGAUGUGUGAUGAGCGUCUUAAUUUCACCAUGUGUCCUCUAUGUGAUCGUGUGUGUGAUUACUGGCAGCUGAGCAGUAUCUGCAGUACGGCGCGGACCAGCUAUCUGUUUGAUAACCACGCCACCGUGGGCUUCGCCAUCUUUAUGUCCCUCUGGGCGGCAGUGUUUCUAGAGCAUUGGAAGAGGAGGCAGCGAUGUUUACAGCACAGCUGGGAUCUGACAGGCAUGGAAGACGAUGAGGAAAGGGCUGAGAAUGAGCUACGACCAGCAUAUGAGGACUUUCUUCUUAAGAAACAAGAGAAGAAGGCAAAGAAUAAGAAGAAGGAAGAGCCGGACGCAGGAACGGAUGACAAAGGAAGAGAGAAGCUACUGUCUGCUAAAGGAGGACAGUCGCCGCUUGCCUCGGAGUCUUUGUCAUGGACAGACAGGCUGCCAGGAUACUGCAUCAACAUAUCCUCUAUCCUCCUUAUGGUUGGGGUCACGUUCUCUGCUGUAUCUGGUGUGAUUCUCUACCGCAUCAUUGUGUUUGCUGUUAUGUCAAUGAACCCUGAUCACGAGGCCAAGGCUAAUGUGCGUGUAACCGUGACAACCACCGCUGUCAUCAUCAACUUGCUGGUGGUUCUGGUGCUGGAUGAGAUCUACGGCGCUAUAGCGGCCUGGAUUACAGAGCUUGAGAUUCCAAAGACUGAAUCAACAUUUGAGGAGCAUGUGAUCUUGAAAGCUUUUUUGCUGAAGAGCAUGAAUGCAUUCGCACCUGUCUUCUAUGUGGCCUUCUUUAAGGGCAGGUUUGCCGGUCGUCCAGGUGACUAUGUUUAUGUCUUUAAGGAUUUCCGCAUGGAAGAGUGUUCUCCAGGUGGUUGUCUUAUUGAAGUGUGUAUUCAGCUGGGAAUCAUUAUGUUGGGAAAGCAGCUCAUUCAGAAUAAUGUGUUUGAAAUUGCCAUUCCGAAGCUGAAGAAGAUGUAUCGCACAUAUAAGGAGGAGAAAGAUGGAUCGGCAGAAGAGGAAGACAAAGAUUCUAAACGAGAACCACAGCGCUGGGAUUUGGACUAUGAUCUGGAGCCAUAUGAGGGAUUGAGCCCAGAGUACAUGGAGAUGGUUAUUCAAUAUGGAUUUGUCACACUCUUUGUGGCCUCCUUCCCGCUGGCACCAGUCUUUGCUCUGCUUAAUAAUGUCAUUGAAAUCCGACUAGAUGCGGCAAAAUUCGUCACUGAAAUACGCCGGCCUGAUGCAGUCAGCGCUAAAGAGAUUGGCAUAUGGUACAACAUCUUGAGUGGAAUCAGCAAGUUUGCUGUCAUUACAAAUGCUUUUGUGAUCUCCUUUACAUCUGAGUUCAUUCCUCGGAUGGUGUAUCAGUAUUUGUACAGUGAGACGGGCACCAUGCAUGGUUAUACCAACCACACACUGGCUUAUUUCAACACAAGCAACUUUAAACCUGGCACUGCUCCACAUGACACCGACUUUGACAGACAACUCCGUAUUUGCAGGUACAAAGACUAUCGAGAUCCACCUUGGUCUCCUGAGUCUUAUCAGCUUUCUAAACAGUACUGGUCUGUGCUGGCUGCACGCCUGGCUUUUGUCAUUUUUUUCCAGAACUUGGCCAUGUUCCUCAGUAUGCUGGUGGCAUGGUUGAUCCCAGACGUGCCUCGUUCUCUGAAGGAGCAGCUGAAGAGAGAGAAAACCCUCCUGAUGGAUGUUCUGCUCAGAGAGGAGGCAGACAAGCAAUGCACCCAGUCACAAACAUUGACAACUACUAACAAUGAUUUAGGAUCACUGGAGGAGCUGCCUGUCUGCAGUGGAGUAAUGAUAAGCCAGUCAUAUGAAGAGUUGAAAGAACUAAAGGUGACCAGUGGAGAGGAGGAAGAGCUUGAGGAACAAUCAGCAGAGGAACCCAUCGCAUCCACCAGUUAUGUGCCUGACAGGCCUCGACCUUCGACCUGUGAAAGUCUCAAUACAACUUCAGAGUCCCUGUCUAAGAUAGCCUGUCGUGAUGAAUCACCCACCACACCUACAGCAUGUUCAAACCAGUCCAUUCAUUCAAUCAAAACCGGCUCACUAUCACGACACCAAGAGUUCAACUCGAAUGAACCUCCACCUCGAGAUCCAAGUUCCAGGGCUAAGAGCCGUUGCCGAACCCUUCCGCCAAGACGCGGAGGACCAGAAGCUGAAGCACAUGUAACCAGACCUAGCCACUCGACAACAUUCACACAUUUCGAUCAGAAGGUUCCUCCUUCCACUAGUGAGCUCACCCUAAUGGUCUCUAGAGGACCAUCUAAAACCAAGCCCUCUGAAAGCCAAAUGUCUGUCUCCGAUUCACUGGAUUCAGUGCUCACGAGCAGCCAUUCAAUAGCGCUCCCUCGCCCGCCAUCCAGAAUGGAGCUUGCUAGCAGCCUUUCGAAACCAGAGCUUGUGAGCAGCCAGUCAACGGGACUACCACGGCCUCCCUCCAAACCAGAGCUGAUGGGAAGCACAACGAAAGGGCUUCCACCUUGUGAUCCAGGCUCGAAAGUUAAGGGCCGGUGCCAGACUCUUCCUCCAAAGUAUAGAGGCACAGAGACUUCUGGAGAGAUGAAGACCCGACCUAGUCACUCCACCACCUUCACACACCUCAGUCAACAGCUCCCUCCCUCACCCAGUGAUCUCAAACGUAACACUCCAAUAAGAGUGGGACAAGAUGAAGUGUGAAACAACACUCCACCUUUUCAGCACCUUGCAUCCGAUCACCAUUCUCAGUGCCAGGCAAACCAUGCCAUCAACAACUCAUCUUUGACUUCUCAAUGGUGACUGAACGAGCAUCUUCAUUAACUCUGCAUGUAGAUCAAUUGUUGAUGGCUUGGUGGCGGUUCACUUGGUUGGUUAACUACGGGGACUUCUUUUGCACAGAAUCACCAACUUUAUUGGAGGACCGAGUGCAGACUUGUGCAUUCUGGGUAUUCUUCUGGAGCCAUUUGACAUGGCUCGAUGACUCUUAAACAUUGUCUUAUACUGUGACUUGCCAUUUUCUCUUUCAAAUAUAACUCCUGUACAGACAUACGCAGAUAUAUACACACACCAAAUCUCAUUAACCUGACAUCUUGAACCAGAACAGGUGAGAAAAGAGAGAGGCUUAGGAAUAUGGGCCAAAGGGCUUUGCAGUCCAUACGAUUUGUUACUCAGCAAGUGGAACUUUCAUUUCGUAAUGUGUUCUUUCAUGAGUUUUGGUAACUUGUACUUAACCAGAAUAAUAACUAAAUGUGAACUUAUUAACACAAUACGUCAGCUUUUCAGAAUGAGCCAACUUGUUUGUGAAAUUGUCUUUGUCUUUGGUGGCAACAUCUGUAGUGUCUCAUCCAUAUGGCAAGUUAGCACGUAGCUUGGCAGCACGCUCAUGAUAUAGAAAUGUGAUGUUGAAAUGGAUUCAAAGCCAAUUACGUUGUACAUUGCAAAUACACUGUAGUAUUUUAAAUAAUCUCAUUUAGCACUAUGCUAGCACAGCUAAAGCAUGAUGUAUUCAAUAUGAAGAGGUUUUCAGGGAAUUACCAAUCGUCACUUUAACAGGGGACGAAAGGUAAGAAUGCAUACAGGCCACGUUCACACUGCCAAGUUUUUGAAAUUACAAAUGCAUUUAUUUGCAGAAAUGAAUAGCUAAAUAAUCGUUCCAUUUGUGUACACAAUACAAGUGUCAAUCCUACAACUCCAAACAAGCAAUAGUUAAUGUCUCACAGCUGUAAAGAUACAUGCCAACAGUUUAGCCUGUUUGGCGUUUUCUAUUUUUUCGCAAACUAAUAUGGCGUACUGAGAUGUAUUCGCGUCUGGCAAUUUUUAAUGCGUCAUUAGUAGUCACUAAUAAACAAACUGUGUGUACAGAGCAGGAUUAAGGGAUUAAUCCACCCAAAAUGAAAAUAAUGACAUCAUUUACUCACCCUGAUGUCGCUCAAGCCAAUAUUAGGUUGUUUCAUCCCUGGAACACAAUAUAAGAAAUGAUGUUGAGUGUCUAGGCUUCUCUCUUUGAUGUAAUAAAGUGAAUGGCAAGUUAUACUUUACAAAUUCUAUAAAAGACAAAAAGCACCAUAAAAGAAUACCAGACGACUCGUAUGCUAUAUUCUGAAGCCAUAUGACAGCUUGUGUAACAAACAAACUCAAAUAUUGGGGUGAACUAUUAAAACAACUAGAGUUGACAGCUGUAUUUAGCUGCAAUGUGGUACUGGCCUCUGUGUAUUCAGGUCUAUAUGGCAUGGCAGGUGUGUAUGAUAUGCAUUGGGGAUCAAUUAGCUAAGAACAGUUACAAACAGAAGUCAAGUAGAGCAUUCACGUCCAUGUUAUUUAUAGAGGUCUUGAGAAACUCUGACAAUAUUUUGAUAUUAUAAUGAAAAAAUAUGACUACCGUUCAUAUUAAAAAGUGGAAAAGAAGAA